UAAAUUUGUAUGAAAAGGGGAAGUAAGCAAUAUUGACUUCCGGAAUGGCUAACUUCAUGGAUUUCAACGUGCAGGUUAGCGAGAAGCAACCUUUAGCCAAAACACUUGCUAUGGCAGCAAAAUUGGGCUAUAGUGUUGCUGCUGUCAAUCAUUGUGCACCAAGUAUAGACAGUAUUGUAAAGAAGAAGAAAAAAGACAAAGAUUAUCAUGCAAUUCCAUUACCAGAAUCUUUGAAAGUUGAUGCAGAAACUUUAAAGAAUAUUAUGAUAGGAACAAAAAAAUUCCGACAGUUAUCAAGAUUUAGCACCAUAAUGGAAGAUGUUGCACAGUUACAAAAAUUAAAUACUCCAGAGAUACAAGCAUUUGAUUUGGUGGCAGUACAACCCUUAACAGAAAAGAUUUUCCAUGUUGCAGUGAGUUCAUUGAAGAUUGACAUAAUUACAGUAGAUGUAACACAGAAGUUACCUUAUCCAAUAAAAAGACCUCUAAUUAAUGUGGCAUUAGAACGGGGAAUAUAUUUUGAAAUCCAGUAUAGUCCUGCUAUAAGAGAUAGUACAAGUAGAAAAUAUAUGAUAGCAAAUGCACAGACUUUAAUAAGAGUUUGCAAAGGAAAGAAUGUGAUCAUUAGUAGUGGCUGCCUAAAGGCAAUGGAUUUGAGAGGACCACAUGAUGUUGCUAAUUUAGGUUUAUUGUUUGGUAUGUCACAGGAACAGGCUAAAGCUGCCAUCUCAACUAACUGUCAAUCACUUCUGUUACAUUCAGAAUCCAGAAAAAUAACAAAGUCUACAGUAGGAGUUGUACUUAAAACAAAACUAGAAGAAAAAGACAAAUGGAUUAUAGAACAAAACAGUGCAAAUUCUAAAAAUAAAAGUGAAAGUAGACUUACAGAUAGUGAAAGUAGAAAAACAGACAUUAAAACAGACAAUGAUAACAGUAAAUCUGUCAAACGAGUGUUGAGCGGUAUACAAUCAGAAGAUAUUUCAGAGGUUAAAAAAUUAAAACUUAAUGAAAAAUGUAUUCAGGCUAAUGAUAUUAAAUCUGAUGUAAUAAAGUAGAUAACAAACGAAAUUUAAAAUUAUUAAUAAU